CUACAUUACGUUUGCUUCCCGACCUCAAGAGCAGCCUGAAGCUUGGCAUAUGCUGCAGUUCCUUACUCACCACGAAUAUAACCGGUAAAACUCGUCCCGACUUACUAAAGGAAAAGGUUCUGCUCUGCACGACUAGCUCUUCCACCGCACCUGAGAACUUGACCUUGGCACAACUCUUUCUCCAGCCGGUAUCACGACAGACUCUGGCAUUCCUCCAUUGCAGGAUGGCUAUGACUGAUGUGCUCAGCGCUGAGGAUAUUAAGAAGGCUGUGGGAGCCUUUUCAGCGGCUGAAUCUUUUAACUACAAGAAGUUUUUCGAGAUGGUAGGACUGAAAAAGAAGAGCCCAGAAGAUGUGAAGAAGGUUUUCCACAUUCUUGAUAAAGAUCGAAGUGGCUUCAUCGAAGAGGAAGAAUUAAAGUUUGUACUGAAAGGCUUUACCCCCGAUGGAAGAGACCUAUCAGACAAAGAAACGAAGGCUCUUCUGGCUGCUGGAGAUAAGGAUGGUGAUGGUAAAAUUGGCGCUGAUGAAUUUGCAACUCUGGUGGCUGAAUCAUAAAGGCUUUGACCAAUGCAAACUCUUCACCCAUCCUUCACUGUCCAAUUCCAACCACCUCCUGCUGGCUGCUUUGGCUCCUGUUCUAUUUAUUUAUGUUAUUUUAUACUCCAGCUCUGUUUUCUGCAAUCCUGCAACUCUGUAAUUGUGCUGAAAGACACUGUUAAAAUAAUAAAGGUCACAUCAAUCUGA